AUGUACAUGCCAUCCAUCCUUGGUCUCGCUGCUCUUGCCAGCACCGCCCUAGGCGUCACCGUUUCGUACGACAGAGGCUUCGACGAUCCUAGCCGCUCCCUCGAAUAUGUCUCGUGCUCCAACGGCGAGCACGGCCUUAUUACGCGCUACCACUGGCAGACACAGGGUCAGAUCCCGUGCUUCCCGCGCAUCGGCGGCGCCCAGGCCGUCUCGGGCUGGAACUCGGCCGCGUGUGGCACCUGCUGGCGGCUGACGUAUAACAACCGCUCCGUCACCAUCCUCGCCAUUGACCGCUCCGUUAAUGGCUUCAAUAUUGGGCUCGAGGCCUUUGAUAAUCUCACGGGCGGCCGCGGGGAGGAGGUUGGCCGCGUCGAGGCGCAGGUGACGCAGGUGGAUGUCAAGGAGUGCAGCCUCCCUUUUUAG